AUGCGGCGGCGGUUGCCAGGCGACGGCGCCCCUGCGGCCGCUGCGCCGGCGCGAGUGGGGCCCGGCGGCCCGCGGCCGCCACGGACAGCAGCAACCGGUAGCAGGAGUGCAGGCCCCGAGCCCUACUGCAGCCGCCGACGACACCGCGCCGAACGCCAUGGCCGACCCGGCGGAACCGAGGCCGACCGUGACCGGAUGCGCCUCGCCGCGCUCACGCUGCACGACGCCGCCAGGGACAAGCCGGACCGGAAAGCUGACGUCUUCGCGGAUCUCGGCUCGCCGGUCUCGCCGCUGCGCCUGCGCCCGGCAGCGACGCCCUCGUCCUCGUCCUCCUCUGCCGGCUCCGCCAAGUCGCCGGCGCCGGGCAAUGCGGCCGCGGGGAGGGGAGGCCGGGGCAGCCACUCGGGCGAGCUGGCGCCGGAGAGCACCAACCUGCCGCGCCGGCCUGGCCACCGCCGCUCCGGAUCUGGCCCGCUCAUUUUCUCCGGCGCCAGCAGCAGCGCCGGCAGCGUCGGAGGAGGAGGGGGAGGCGGCGGGAGCGGGAGCACCGCCAGCUCACCGCUCACCAAUGCGCUCCCCACCAGCAACAUCUGCCCGUCCGGCCGCCGUCGCCGCCGCGCGCUCGCCCCGUCGUGCUCGGAUCCGGCACCGGCCACUACGGCCAUGGCAGCAUCAUGCGCGGCGGCGGCGGCGGGAGUGGCGGGGGAGCGACUCCCACGAGGACCAGCGUUGACGCGGCCCCGCUGCUCCACAGCAAAAACUCCUCGAGGUCCCCGGCGAGGUGCCCUGCGCCGCCGGCCACCAGCGGUGAUCUGCAGGAAAUCACUCGCGCGGGGAACGAGUGGUACAAGAAGGGCCGCCAUGCCGAGGCGCUGCGGCACUACGACCGUACCGUGGCGCUCUGCCCCGACAGCGUCGCGUGCCGCGGCAACCGCGCCGCCGCGCUCAUCGGGCUCGGCCGCCUACCAGAAGCGUUCCGCGAGUGGACUGCUUACCAGCAUUAUCGAUUGUGCUUUGACCACGUCGGGGAUAAUCUCAUAUUCUUUGAAUAGUGGUACUGAUUGUAUAAUUGAAAAAAUGCUUGGGAUGAUUGAGAAGGCAAGGACGCACUUCACACUGGCUGGAAGUGUAAACCAGUCUGACCCUGCUGAGUGGCAGAAGCUGCAUGAGGUGGAAAUCCAUCAAGGGAGAUGCAUGGAUGCAAGGAAAAUUGGAGAUUGCAAGAGUGCACUCAGGGAAGCCGAUGCAGCCAUUGCCAUUGGAGCGGACUCCACUAGAUUGGUAACCCUUCAUUAUAAUUUUGUUUGA